AUGGCCAUCCCCAACGAGAAGCUGCAGCAGCUACUGCAGGAGAUUGAGCAGAAGGCGGCAUUCGCACAGCAGCAGCUUGGCAUCGUCCGUUCGCAGAUUGCGUCGAAAAACCGUGAGAACCGGAUGCUGCAGCUCUCCUCGAGUGAGCUCGACACUCUGCCCAAGGACACGCCCAUAUAUGACGGAGUGGGCAAGAUGUUUGUCCUUACCUCCACCGAGGAUGUAAAGGGACGUCAGGCCAAGGAAGCAACCGAUGUGAAAGCGGAGAUCGCCAACCUGGAGAAGAAGCUGCACUAUCUCGAAACGACUUACAACAAUUCCCAACAGCAUAUGGAAGCGCUCUUCAAGCGUGGCGGUUGA